AUGUAUCAAUCAGUCAGACUGUUUCACUCAUUCUUUCUCUCUAUAUAUCUAUCUAUCUAUCUAUCUAUCUAUCUAUCUAUCUAUCUAUCUUUAUCUGUAAGUAAAAUAUUCAAUCGCUACUUUUAUUCUGCAAAAUUCUUAUUCUCUCUCUCUCUCUCUCUCUCUCUCUCUCUCUCUCUUUUCUUCCUUUCUGUCUUCAUAUAUCUUUCCCUCUCACUCUUAUUCUAUCUGUAUCUCAAACUAUCUAUCUCACUUUGUUCAUAUCUAUCUAUCUAUCUAUCUAUCUAUCUAUCUAUCUAUCUAUCUAUCUAUCUAUCUGUCUGUCUAAGCCUGUACAUAUUUAUCUAUCUCAAUCUGUACAUAUCUAUCUAUCUAUCUAUCUAUCUAUCUAUCUAUCUAUCUAUCUAUCUGUCUGAACCUGUACAUAUUUAUCUAUCUCAAUCUGUACAUAUCUAUCUAUCUAUCUAUCUAUCUAUCUAUCUAUCUAUCUAUCUAUCUAUCUAUGUUAGUCUGUUCAUUCUAUUUUCUUUGUCUUCUUUCUUUCCUUCUUUCCUUCUUUCUUUCCUUCUUUCUUUUCUUUCUUUCUUUCUUUCUUUCUUUCUUUCUUGCUUACUUGCUUGCUUACUUGCUUGCUUUCUGGCUUUCUUUCUUGCUUUCUUUCUAAAAACGACAAUUUAUCCAUCGCUUUCUCUCACACACACACACAUCUCUCUCUCUCUCUCUCUCUCUCUCUCUCUCUCUCUCUCUCUCUCUGUGCGCAUUUGGGUAUUCUUUACUUUUUCUUUCCUUCGUCUCUAUCUUCUUUAUACCACCCCCUACACACACAAACACAGAUUCUCCUUGACUGUCGUGAUGAAUAAUUCAAUUUCGUCUGUUAUUUUCUCUUUCCGUUCUUUUCUCUCUCUCUCUCUCUCUCUCUCUCUCUCUCUCUCUCUCUCUCUCAACUUCUUUUUCUAG